AUGGGGACGACACGCCCCAUGUUCGCCAUGCUAUGCGCUAACAAUGUAAAUCGAAGUACCGAGGCACAUGACCAUCUACACGCUGCAGGACUGCGUGUUUGUUCCUUUGGGGCUGGCAACCGCGUCCGCUUUCCUGGUCCAUCACGUGAUGAUCCACGUAUUUAUGAGUUUUUUACACCGUAUGAGACAAUGUACCGGGAGCUGAAGGGUGAAAACGCCGAGCUGUUUAAGCGAAAUGGGGUGCUGGCUAUGCUGGAACGAGAUAUGUUGACCAAAAAGUGUCCACAACGAUGGCAGGAUCUCAGUGUAAAGGAGUUACAGGAAUUGGAUGUCGUCUUGUGCUUUGAUGAUCGAAUCUUUGAAAUUGUAUUAGAAGAUCUUCAACUACGAGGAGCGGCCGGAGGCCCUGAUGGACCUGGAAAUGAACCGACGAUGGUCUGGAGACCACUUCAUUUGCUCUGUCUCGACACAAAAGACACACCAGAACAUGCCAAAGUGGGCGGAUCAUUGGCUUUGGAAUUGUGUCAAGCGAUCAAUGUGCUGAAUGGUCUCGACGAUGACAUUAUCGACGUCAUUCAGGACUUUGAGAGUCGGAAAAACGUGCAUUUGCUGUACUCGUUGAUGCACGUGUAA